AUGAGUGACAUCUACGACUCAGCGACCGACUCCCUGGGUCUCUUCAGCACCCCCUGUCUGACCAAAGUGGAACUGCGCCUCACCUGUAAAGGAAUCUCAGACCGAGACGCUCUGUCCAAACCCGACCCCUGCGUCGUCCUCAAGAUGAAGUCCCACGGACAGUGGAUGGAGGUGGACCGCACCGAGGUGAUGCGCAGCUGUGUGAACCCCACCUACUCCAAGGUCUUCACUCUGGACUUUUACUUUGAAGAGGUUCAGCGUCUCCGCUUCGAGUUGUUCGACAUCAACAGCAACUGCAACGGCCUGAAGGACGCCGACUUCCUGGGCUCAGUGGAGUGCACGCUGGGACAGAUCAUCUCUCAGAGGAAACUAUCUAAAGCUCUGCUCAGACCUGGAGGAACUGUGGGAAAAACCAUCAUCACGAUCUCAGCGGAGGAGCUGACGGGGAACGACGACUACAUCGAGCUCUCCUUCAGCGCCAGGAAACUGGAUGAUAAGGACUUCUUCACUAAGUCAGAUCCGUUCCUGGAGAUCUACAGACUGAAUGAUGAUGCAACUCUGCAACUUGUCUACAGAACUGAGACUGUGAUGAAUAAUCUCAACCCAGUGUGGAAAACCUUCAAAGUUUCCCUCAACUCACUCUGCAGUGGAGACCACGAACGCAAGCUGCAGUGCACCGUGUGGGACUGGGACACGAACGGGAAACACGACUACAUCGGAGAGUUCGAGGCGUCGUUCACAGAGAUGAGAGGAGCCAGCGAAGGGAGACAGGUGCAGUGGCCGUGUUUAAAUCCCAAAUACAGAGUGAAGAAGAAGAAUUAUAAGAACUCUGGGAUCGUGAUCCUGAACCAGUGCAAGAUCAUCAAGAUGCACUCGUUCCUGGAUUACAUCAUGGGAGGCUGUCAGAUCCAGUUUACAGUGGCCAUCGACUUCACGGCCUCUAACGGAGAUCCUCGGAACAGCUGCUCUCUUCACUACAUCCACCCGUACCAGCCCAACGAGUACCUGAAGGCCCUGGUGGCCGUGGGCGAGAUCUGCCAGGACUACGACAGUGACAAGAUGUUCCCGGCGUUCGGCUUCGGCGCUCAGAUCCCUCCGGACUUCAAGGUCUCCCACGACUUUGCGGUGAAUUUUAACAAGGACAACCCGGAGUGUGCAGGGAUCCAGGGCGUGGUGGAGGCCUACCAGGCCUGCCUCCCCAAGCUGCAGCUCUACGGUCCCACCAACAUCGCCCCCAUCAUCCAGAAGGUCGCCCACUCCGCCUCCCAGGAGGUCCACACCAAGGAGGCCAUGCAAUACUUCAUCCUGCUGAUCCUGACGGACGGCGUCAUCACGGACAUGGCCGACACGCGGGAGGCCAUCGUCCAGGCCUCACGCCUUCCCAUGUCCGUCAUCAUCGUCGGGGUCGGGAACGCCGACUUCAGCGACAUGCAGAUGCUGGACGGAGACGACGGGAUCCUGCGAUCUCCCAAAGGAGAACCCGUCCUGAGGGACAUCGUCCAGUUCGUUCCCUUUCGCAACUUCAAACAUGCGACUCCAGCUGCUCUGGCUAAGAGCGUUCUAGCAGAAGUGCCCCACCAGGUGGUGGACUACUACAACAGCAGGGGCAUCAAGCCCAAAGUGCCCAGCAAGUUCCAGUCUUCCAGGCCGUUCGGGCCCUGA